GCGACGAAACCGCGUGUCCUACGGUCGCCGCAGAGUUGUUGCGCCUCCGCCGUUGCCUAUCGUUACAUAAGUACCGGUCGCAAGGUGAUUCCAAGUCCCAGUACCGAAUGUCAUGUUGGAUGGUGCGUUGCGCCCGUGCACCACCUCCACCAUCUGAACUACAGAACUAUGCUAUCGGCGCGUCUUCGCUGUUGUAGCCGUUGCCGCCGCCGUUAUCUCCUCUUCCGUCGCUCUCGCAGUUGUUCUUGUUGUUUGUCACCUUGUUGUUAUUGUUGUUGUUUUUGUGCUUCCAUUGUCAACUAGACUUAGACGCACAUGGCGGUGGUGAAUUUGGCCGCGACGCCGCUGCGACGUCGCAACUGCCUCCUGGCGAUCGCCUUCGUCGUCUUCGUACCCUUCUGCAUUUUCGUGCUCUUCUCAGUUCCUGAUGUGAGCUCUGAGCAGAUGUUGAUACAGCGUCUGGCCGAGCUGCAGGUCAAGCUCCAGUAUUUGGAUACGAUGUACAGGGCGAGACAGGAGGACCUUCAGCAGUUGUCUCUGCAUAUAGACCAAAUGGCGAUGCCAUCAUCUUUGGAUGGGAAUGGGACAGGUGCGGGUUCAAGCAGUACGCUGAAACCUGAACUGCGUCAAAUGGUCAGGAAUAUGUCGGGGAUGAACGCAGCUCACGGUCUAAAUCCUCCGGUGAUGCUGCGACUGCCGUCAUCCUUUCACUUCUUGCCGCAUCUCUUAGAUGAUCCGAGCAGCUUACGUCUGGCAUACCUGAUGUCAAAAGGCAGGACGGGAGUUUCCGUGGUCCUGGGAAUUCCCACCGUCCGCAGGGAGAAGCACACUUAUCUCAUGGAGACUUUGCAGAGUUUGAUUGACGGCAUGAGCAUGGAUGAACGUGACGACGCGCUUCUCGUCAUUUUCGUGGCAGAGACUGAUUUGGAGUACGUCCUUCAGGUUGCUAAAGAGGUUGAGUUAAGGUUUUCGAGUCAAGUGGAAUCUGGCUUGAUUGAAGUGAUAUCGCCUUCGUUAGCUUAUUACCCUGACUUGGAUAAGCUACGAAAGACACUUGGAGAUUCACACGAGCGCGUCAAGUGGAGGUCCAAGCAGAAUCUGGACUUUGCCUUUCUCAUGUCUUAUUGCCAACCGAAAGGUACAUUCUACGUUCAACUCGAAGACGAUAUUCUAGCGAAACCGUACUAUAUAUCCGAAAUGAAAAAGUUCGCAUUGGAAAAGACGGCAAAUAAGGAGCCAUGGUUCGUACUCGACUUCUGCCAAUUAGGGUUUAUAGGCAAGAUGUUCAAGAGCGCCGAACUGCCGUGGUUGAUCCAGUUUUUUCAGAUGUUCUACAACGAUAAGCCGGUGGAUUGGCUGCUCGACGAUCUCAUCUACACAAAGAUUUGCAAUACAGAGAAAAACAAGGACUUUUACAAACGAGAUAAGGCCAAGAUGUGGAUCCACUACAAGCCCUCGUUGUUCCAGCACAUCGGCACGCAUUCCUCACUAAAAGGAAAAGUUCAAAAGCUAAAGGAUAAACAAUUUGGCAAGGUGGCAUUAUUCUUCCCACACGCAAAUCCGGAAGCGGAAAUUGUGUCCGGUAUUAAGAGCUACAAACAGUAUAAUUUGCACCGUGCGUACCUCGGGGAAACUUUCUUCUGGGGUCUUCUGCCGCAACCAGGAGAUCAGCUGCUUUUCAAAUUCAAAUCGCCCACUCUCGUCAAAAGAUUCUUCUUUAGGAGCGGAAAUGCAGAACAUCCAUCCGAUAAGUUCUACAAUACGACGGUGGAAGUGCUUCCAGUCGAUCCGUACCCCGGCUCCUCCACCGCGAACGUCACUUCCGACGGAUACAUCGUCAUUGGAAAAUUCGAUGGCGUUGGUAUAGCAACCGGAAAUCCAGACGAGUCCAUCGGCAAGGUUUCAGCUCUACGUCUCUAUGUGCACAGCGAAAGCGAUAAUUGGGCUAUCCUAAGCGAGAUUCAUAUCCAAGACGAAUAUUCGACUGCCAGGUGACCUGAGAGCGGCGGUCGAGUCCCAAUGUCGUUUCCUCACGUCCGCCAUCGCUACACACUCGACCGCACACCCCCGCAUCCUCUGUGAUAUAUUAAUAAACCUUCCCCCCAAAAAACCCAAACCCUCUUGGUAAGACCACAUCACGCUGAGGCACGCCAUGCAUACUACUCCCCCACCACCCCUUAUACACACACAAACCCAUACUCGACAACCGCAAAUGCAACCCCCUGAAGACGUGCGACUGGCGUACGACCACGGAAACACCAUUGUCACUUCGAUUGGUCCGACUACCACUAAUCUAAACUACCAUAUAAUUAUGUACAUAUUCAAGAGUGGCCUAAACGCCGAAUGAAAUUUCAUACCCCAAGGAACACACAUCCUCACCUCAUGCAUUAUAUAUAUAUAAUAAAUCAAUAAAUAAAAGAAAAUAUAUAUAUAUGGAAUAAGAAUAUAAGAAAUAAAAAAUAAACGUAUUUUAUUAAGAUAUUAAUAUUUAGCGUUAACGAUGAGAAUGAAGACAAUGUGGAUGGAUGUAACAGAGAAUCAAAAUUUUUAAAUCGGAUCGGCCAACAUGGAAUUGCUGUUUAAGAUUUUUUUUACACAUUUUCCAAUGAUUGUCUUUUCUAUUUGCUACAACUCUUUUAUUUUCUAACUGUCUAUUAUCUUCCUCCCAUGUCACGAAUAUAUUAUUAGUUUUUAAC